CGGAAACAUCUUUAGUUCAGGCAGAGUCUCGCGUCUCUUGUGGGCUUCUCUCAUGGAGUCUGCUUUCAGCGGGCACUUGGAGCAGCUGAUUCAGCGUUUGAAGACGGAGAUCCUCCAGCACCACGAGCGAGAUCUCGUAGCUUGCAAAAGCAAGCAGCCUUCGGAGACCGAGGCAUUUUCCAAGCCCUACAUCUUGGGCUUGCAGAAGAAGGGUGGCAACGAUGGCCCGGACUUCCGCCGCAAGAUGUUGAUGAGCCGAACUUCUGCUCCGGACUCAGACUCUUCGGAGGAGCCGCGGAGCACAAUGAGCACAACGCAGCCACGGCUCGCCUCCAAAACGGCCGUGUCAGAAGACUCGGAUGCCUCCGGUUCGGCAGACUCGCUGGAGUUGAAAACCCCCAAGCCGGGUCGCGGGCCGAGAGUCCCGAAGCCGGAGGGCUUUCAUCUUUUUCCGCACACCCCUCACAGCCCUCCACAGAUGCUAGAACCACAAGUGUUUCCCGUCUCACAUGCUUUGGUGCUUCCAGAAGAUGCUGUGAACCUGCCUCAUCAGCCCAAUAAUGCCGAUCAUCCCCAACAACCUGAGGUGCACAAGGAGAAUGAGGAGUCAUUUUCUUCAGACAAUUCUUCCAACUCCAAGACGUCUGCCAGCUUUAGUAGCACAAGUACCCCAAACGAUGAGAUGCCAACCGGCCCCCCACCCCAACGAAGAAAUGCCAAAAGGCCAAGCAACGCUUCAUUUUCCGAGUUCUUCAAGCGUCAAGCAACAGUCACGGACCUCUACCUCUUCAUGCAGGAUGAGGACUCAAGCAAAGCAGCCUGGGUGUACGCCAAGUUCAGCAAUUAUUUCGUGACAGCUGCCAUCAUUUUCACCGUGUGGCAAGCCAAUGCCCAGCCGGUGGUGCCUCGCUUCCUCGAGGGUGGGAUCCAACUGGGCUUCGAGGGUCUGAUGCUGGUGGAGUUACUGGCCCACUUCUUUUCGACGAGGAGUGGCGAAAGGAGAGCCUUCUUGAAGAACCCGUACAACAUCAUCGACUUCAUCGCCAUCCUUCCAAUCGCACUGCGGAUCCCGUUUGGCAUUGCAACCCCGACCAAGGAUGAGAAUGCAGCGGUACACUACAUGUUGUAUUGUUUCGUGCCUGUCGUGAGGCAGCUCAAACUUAUCCGCAAGUUCCAGAAAUUGCAGCUGUUGCUGCAUGUGUUGUCGACAACCAUGGAUGCCUUGAAGCUGUUGCUUUUUCUGGUCUGCUUGAUUGUGCUUGUCUUUGGAUGCGCGUUCUAUGUCCUGGAGCCUGAUACCAUGGAUUCUUUGGCCACAUCCGUCUACCUGUGCACGGUGACGGUGACUACUGUCGGGACCUGUGAUAUGAAUCCAGUGACUCCAGUGGGGAAGACGAUGGCUGGGGCUCUGUGCCUGACCAGUGUUCUGUUUAUGGCAAUGCCUCUGUCAGUGCUGGGCAACGCCAUGUCGCAGACCUGGGCCGAUCGACACCGCAUCGUUUUGAUCAGCCAGACUCGCCGGAAACUGAAGAACCUCGGCUACACGGCGGAGCACAUGCCCAAACUCUUUGGGAAGUUUGACAAGGACGGCAACGGGGAGCUGGAAAUGGAUGAGUUCUGUGAUCUGGUCGCCAAGAUGCGCAUCGGUAUGAAGCCUUCGGAGGCCUCCGAGCUCUUCUUGGCUUUCGAUGAGAACGGCGAUGGAGGUAUCACGGAGAUGGAAUUCAUGAAAGCUUUGUUCCCGCUGGAUUAUCGUCGAAUUUACCGCAGACAAUCGGGGAUUUCAUUUCAGGCCGAGUAGCGAAGGAAUCAGUGUGGAAACCUGGCGUGUGCACGGCUAAGCUGUUGCACAUGCACAGGAUGAAUCGUGGAAUUCAAGUUGAUCGAUGAAUGUAUAGCUCCUCACGAUCGUGAGGAAGAGCUUUCGAGAUUGAUGGAAAUAGAAA